GUGUUCGGUGCCCUGCGAGUGACAGACUUGAGAGUGAGAUAGUGGCACUGGGUGUAUGACACUGGGUGUCUGGCACUGGGCAUGAGGGCGUGAAGCAUGGCACUCACAGUGGGACAGGCGCAGCCCACUACCCACCAUCAGACCAGGAACGGCACCAAGGUCUUCAGAAUCGUCGUUCUGGGCGAGGGCGGGGUCGGCAAGUCUGCUCUUACUCUGCAGUUUGUGAGUCAUAAUUUCCUGGAGUAUCAUGACCCCACUAUUGAGGAUGCCUACCAGCGACAAGCAGUUAUUGAUGGAGAACCUGCUCUACUAGAUAUUCUUGACACAGCUGGCCAGAUUGAAUUUACGGCUAUGCGUGACCAGUACAUGAGAUGUGGUGAAGGUUUCCUGAUUUGUUACUCCUUGACGGAUCGUCGUAGCUUUGAGGAGGUUGCAGGUUACAAAAAGCUUAUCACUAAAGUUCGUGCUGCAGAUUCCAUUCCAAUUGUCUUGGUUGGGAAUAAAGUAGAUCUGGAUGAUCCAAUGCAUCGAAAGGUUACAACAGAAGAAGGGCAAGCACUUGCACAUUCUAUGGGCUGCCCAUUUUUUGAAACAUCUGCUGCCUUACGACACUUUGUUGAUGAUGCUUUCCACAUGCUUGUGAGAGAAAUUCGAAAGAAACAAAAGGAGGCGAUUGAAGGAGCUCCUGCUAGUAGAAGUAAACCCUUGUCACGCUGGAGAAGAUUUAAAAAUAUUUUCCUGUGGAUCUUCCGUCGGCCACGAUACAAGUAAGACAGAUGUUGACACCAGUGCAGUAGACUAUGAAUGUGUAGGGAACUGACCAAUGAAAAGUGGAUCUUCCAUAAUUUCUUAUAAAGGUUGUAUGUAGCGCAGUUCAAGAAAACACAUCAUUCUGUAACGACAGAGCUGUGACUGAAGAUCUCUCCUCAGGAGAGUCUAAUUUCAACAGAUACUCUACUAGAGCAUUAUGCAUUAUGAGGGAUAUGCAAUAUGCAUUGCAGUAUUGUAUGUUAUAUGCCAUGGAAAAAUAUCUUCUUACCUGUAUUCCAAAUGAAUAGUAACUUUUAUAAAUUUUGUGAUCUGUGACAGUAAGUUUGUUUACUGUCAGGUGAUAUUGAUAACACAUACAUGUAUACAUUAUAUGUGUGUACAUUAUAGUAUAUGCAUGCUUACAAAAAAGCAUUUAUAUAUAUAAAGCCAUAAAUUAAUACAAAAUUAAUGAACACAAAUUCAUUGCUGAAAGAAAAUAGCAGUGAUUUCUCAUCUUCUGGUGUAUUCAUUACAAAAAGUUAUUGUAUCAUAGUACACCUCAGAUAAUAUACAUUUACAGUGAAAUGGUGAUACUGUUUAAUGACUUAGUAACUAUUCUGCUAAAAAUUAGCAGUUGAUGAUACUGCAUUUCGGUAUAAAUAAAAGACUUACCCAGUACUUACCCCGUUAGGCAAAGCUGGGCAAAUGACUUUGAUGUAACACUGAAUCAACGUUGAUAACGUUAAUUCUUUGUUGAUUAAACAUUAUUUGAACUUUUUUUGCCCUCUGGGUAGGCACUUUUUGUGUCGUUGAGUAUUGGGUUCUAGGAUAUUGGUGCUGUAAUUUUACUAGAUGCUUUGCAUUUUACUAUGUAGGAUGUAUUAUUGUGAUAACUAUCACAUAUUACUGUAAAAUAUGCAAAUGAGUAUUGUGAGUUUAUGUUUGUCACAUACUUAGAGGUUUUGCUUAAUGGUAUAAUCACAUGUUUGGUUAUAGUGCUAGCAAUAAGGAUUUCUGUAGUGUUUAACAACGAAUUCUUUACAUAAAUAUAUCACACACACUUCCUCUCCGUUUGCAGAUAGCAGUUAAAUGAAAUUAUAUUAAGCCAUUAAGCAUGUAAUAUAUAUGUGUCAAUUUUGUUAGUGUUUCCCCUUUCAGUGGGAAAUUAGAAAUGUUAACAUCAUUUUAUUUAUUUAAAAAAAUUGACAUUAAUUCUAAACUUCAAGAACUAUUAAUCCUUUAGCAGCUAAGUUGUUUAAAAGUACAACAGCCAGGUGCACAUAAACAAAAAAGUAUUGAAACCCCAUUAGGGUCACUCACAUGGCAUUUUGAGCACAGGAAGAGAUUGCAGAUAGUGAUUGGAGCGCUGAAAGGGUUUAGAUUAAAUUUGUUUAAAGUAGUAAUAUAUCUCAUUGAGCUAUCUAAUAUUUUUAUAUAGGGUAUAUUCCUAUUGACUUUCUUUAAAUUAAUGUAUUCACAAAAAUUUGUGAAAGAUAUAAUAUGAGGUAAUUGUGAUACAGUACUGGAAAAUCCUUCACUGUGAGUGUUAAAACACAGCCAUGUAUGUAGUAGUGACAUUUACCAGAAUUUAUUUGGUUUUCUGCACUAUUUCUUUGUUAACCUAGUUUUUCCCCUGGAAUUUUUAAAAUGGGGAUUAGUGUGGGAUUAUUUUAAUUGGUAUUGAAAGUACCCAAUGCAGUACAGUAUUGACAUAUUCAAGUGAGAAUCAGAGUGGUGAGUAUAGAGUUAACAUUUUGAUGAAUUCUAUAAAUAUUUUGACAACAAUGAGUUUAUGGAUUAUGCAGGCGAUGAGUCACAAUAAUGUGGCUAAAG